AGGCCUGGUAACUACUUAGUAUCUAGAGAUUUCCUUUACUCCUGGAGUCAGCCCUCAGGUUUAUGAUCCACUGGGUCCAGGGGCAGCCCCAGCCCUAAGCAGAGCAGAGGCUGGACCCGGCUUCCACCUGCACGGCUCUCCCUUGAUAGAUACAGCAAACCAGCAGCGUCCUGGCUGGAGGCCCCUCCUGGGCUCCUGGCCAGCCCAGACACUUCUGCUGUGUUCACUUCUAUUUGCCAACUGCAAAGCUAACCCAGUGUCCAGCUGGAGCCCGCGCAGGCUUCUCGGGGCAUUAAAGGGCAGCCCCCAGGGAAAGGGCUGACCAAGGCCCCAGGCUCCGUGUCACUUAGCAGAGAGGAUAGGGAAUGCAAUCUACAGCUCGCUCUCCCGCACUCAACCGGAUCCAUGGGAAGAUCCUAUUUUGUCUCAAGUUUUCUAUGCAGCGGAAACCAACGGACCCUGGUGGGUUCGGGAGCGCUCCAGACCCCAGAGGUCUCCGAAGGAAGAGAGCCUGCCCGAGCCCAUUCCGCUCCCACAAGGAGGUGCCGCGACCCGAAUUGCGAGGUGCAUGCUAGCCCAUAAAGUGCAGGUGGUCGCGAAGGCCACCGAGGCGCGGUACUCCGGCGCCCAGAGCGUCCCGGAAGCGCGCGAGGCUGGGCUGGCCAGCGGACGGGGCACUUCCGCCCGGCGUGCGGGCGGCCGCCUCCCGCUCGGCAGGUUCCAGGUGCGUACGCCUUCCGCAGGUGUUGGGAUGAUGGCGGCCCUAGGGGACAUUGAGGAGUCCCUACCUGUCCCAUUCCCCACCAGUCUCUCAUCACCUGGAACACCUGGAGCCCAGCACCACGAAGCACAGCUUCAUCUCCAUAGGCAUCCACACGGGUCCCCUUAUUCCAGCCCUGAGGUGUGCCCCCAGCCAUCAGACCUGGACCUCCAGGAUGUAGAGGAAGUGGAGAUCGGCAGAGACACAUGGCCCGACUCUGAGUUGGAGCCCGAGCAGGCUCCAUCCUCUCACCACCUGCGUGUUCCAGAAGACAGGGUAGACUCAGAUGACGAAGUACUUAGGGGCCUCCUGAGGAGCCACCCCCACAGGCCCAAUUGUGGGAGCAGCUUUGGGCAAGACCCUAGAUUGGAGCCCACAGCGGUCCUGCCCUGCCCUCAGCAGAGGGGCACCUGCCAUGUGGUGCUCCUGCCACAGGGAGCCCCAGGGACCAAGGGUGCCCCUGGUCGGGCUGCAGAGCUGGGGGACAGCUUGGGCCGUGGUACCCGACAGCUCUCCCUACGGGGCGCCAAGCCACAUCGCUGUGAGGCCUGCGGCAAGAGCUUCAAGUACAACUCUCUGCUACUGAAGCACCAGCGCAUCCACACAGGGGAGAAGCCCUACGCCUGCCAUGAGUGCGGCAAGCGUUUUCGCGGCUGGUCUGGGUUCAUCCAGCACCACCGAAUCCACACGGGCGAGAAACCCUACGAAUGUGGCCAGUGCGGCCGUGCCUUCAGCCACAGCUCACACUUCACACAGCACCUGCGAAUCCACAACGGGGAGAAGCCCUACAAAUGUGGUGAGUGCGGCCAGGCUUUCAGCCAGAGCUCCAACCUGGUGCGCCACCAGCGGCUGCACACGGGCGAAAAGCCGUAUGCCUGCAGCCAGUGCGGCAAAGCCUUCAUCUGGAGUUCUGUGCUCAUUGAGCACCAGCGCAUCCACACAGGCGAGAAGCCCUAUGAGUGCGCCGACUGCGGCAAGGCCUUCCGCGGCCGCUCGCACUUCUUCCGCCACCUGCGGACCCACACGGGCGAGAAGCCCUUCACCUGCGGAGCCUGCGGCAAAGCCUUUGGCCAGAGUUCACAGCUCAUCCAGCACCAGCGUGUGCACUACCGCGAGUAGCUGUGGCUCCAGUAAAGUCUGGAUGGAAAAGGAGCUGGCUCCUGCUAAGCAAGGCUGCUGCUUCCCAUCCCUGCAGGCCACUGCAGGAUGAUGUUUCAGUCCCCUGGGGGUGGAAGGCAGCUACAGGAGCCUAAGGCCAGGAUCAGUGCUGGCAGCCCAGUGUAGUCAGGCCUGCCCAGAUCGGAGAUGCUGCGGUAUGGAGAUAUCAAGGGGGCCACCUGGAGCAGUGGGUGAGGACAGGACUGGCUUGCCUAGAGUGCCCACAUUCUUCUGGGCUGAAUCUGCAGCCUGGCCAGACCUCCUGUCUACCCUGGCUAUGAGGGUCUCUGGGAAUUGGGCUCCCUCCCACAGCUGCCUCUUAUGUCCUAAGUACAGCACACUCUCCCCCACAGCCCUCAGACCUGUUUGCUCUCUCACCCCUGGUUUAGCAGGCAGCAAGGCCAGCAGGCUUCCGUGGGAGAAUCUCCCAUCUAGUAUUCUCCAUGCCCAGCCUCUUGAGUGCCCCUGUUCUGGGAAGCUGGGAGCCUGGGGCCAGGGGCCAGGAGCCAGGGCUGCAUAGAGGUCACAGCUCUAACGUGUGAUAGAUCUGCCCUAGGAGUCCUACAGGUAGCUCUAGCUCUCCCUGGAGUGUGCAGAGAACCAGCCCCUGUGCAGGGAGGAGCUCACCUGGGUGAGGAAAGUGAGUAUUAAGUAUGGGGGGAGUCAUAACACACUCCCUGUUCCAGCUCCUCCUCCAGGUCAGCUGGAGGGCUGCCCAGCUGCUCUCCAGGUCUCCAAAUCUGACUUCCCCUAUACUAUGGAGGGCUAUGUGGUUACUAAUCCUGCUGAAACAGGAUUAAUUUGCAGCAUGGUCAUCAGCCCCAAGCAAGCUGUUUUCCAAAGAAGCAGCUGCUGCCCACCUGCUCUUUCCCUUAGUAACACACUUGGGAUGGACUCUGUGAGGACCCCCAGAGGGUGCCCAGGCAGGACUCAGUUGACAGUGACUGGACCUGGCAGGUGAGCUGAGAGAGGAGCCAGAGGUUCUCUGCACACUCCAGACUGUCCUGGAAGUAGCCCUAGAACACCCUGCUAAAAGAGACCAGUUUCACUGGUGUUACUCCAAAACCCCAGCUGCUAGCACACACCACGAGAGGCGUUCCAGAGAAGAGGCUGCCAGCAGGCAAGGCAGCUCCCCUGCACUGGGUUAAAACCCUCAGGAAAGUCUCUCCUUGUUGGCAGGACCCACCAAGAUGGUAUUUUUUUGUCUUCCCCGGUGUGCUUGGCUCCUUCCCAGGGGCCAGCCUCAGUAUGAGUCUUCAGCAUUCUACCCAGUCCACUGGGUCCUUCCCAGGAACCCAGAACAGCCUGGCAGGAUCCAUACAUGGACUCGUGGAUUUUCUUUUCCUUUUUUGCCCACCUGAGCUUGUCAGCAUCUAGCCAAACAGGACACUUCAUACCAGCCCGAGUCCCCAGGAGCAGGGCACUGCAAUUGUACUACGCUCCUCCUUGCAGGAUAUGCCCUUCCUCCUGCAUCACUUUACAUUGCAGGAAGCAUCCUGCCCAGUGUGCCAGCCCCAGGCUGGCUCUGCAUUGCCACCUAGAGUAUUACUAGCUAGAUAGCUACACUCUGACCCUGCACGUUGGGUCCUUGGUCUUCAGCCUCUCUUCCACAGUGACCAUGGCCUUGUUAGAGAUGAGUGAUCUCCAGAAGCCAAAAAUUGGGCUCAGCAUUUGCCUAGUCUGGUAUUUUUUCUUCAUGAAACCUGUUUCCACCUCUGGAAAAGGGGAUGGCACAGGCCCUGUUUGUCAGCAUGUGAUAGUCAGAAAGGUGGCCAGUAUAGAGUUCCAUAAAAAGGGCCAUUGGAAUGACUCCAUCCACAACCCAGGGAGGUGGAAGAGGAUAUCUUGCACCUUCUUACCAGAAGGCCACUUGUGGCCAGGUGGCCACAACAAAGGGGAAGGACCAUACAAGGCACUGAACCCUGAACUCUAGGGCCUGCAAGAAAGAGGUCUUCAGAGGCAGCCUCCAGGGACCGAAGGGAAUCUUGGUCAGGGUGUUCCAGAACAACCCAAUCCUAGGGUUUGAGGAGACAGUGACAAAGGAAAGGUAGAUGAAUCCUGGAUCACGCAGCAUAAAAUUUCUUGGCAACUUACACAAGUGUGGUCUUGGGCAGCAGCAAGACCAGUGGAACCCCACAGUUUGGGUCAGAAAGAGGCAUAUUUGUGGGUUAGAAUAGAAGUUAUCUUGUCUGGAGUGUACCUGCUUUGCUUUAAGAUAAUAACAAAGUCAGGCCCAUCCUUGGAUCUGUCGUCUGGCUAUCACCAAAUGUAAUGAGUUCACACUUCGGUGAGCAUAAAACCAAUAAACAUGACCAAGAGAUAAAAGAAUGAAGAACCAGA